GGCCUCGGCCUUGCCUGCUGCAUCACCGCAGUUGUCGCUCGGGCUUCAGCCAGUGAUCACCCGAGGAACGGAGGCCACGGCCCUGUUCACGUUCGGUUCCACCCUCCCCACGUACCGCGCGCCGCCUCUCUGCGGCCGCCCGCUGAGCGCCGCCGCCGACCUGAGCCCCCUCCCGCCUCCCUCCUCACCUCUCUAUGUGUCCGCGGCUGGCCGGCGCGAUGCGGCUGGGCCCGAGGCCCGCCACGCUGGGGCUGCUCCUGCUGUGCGCCGCGGCAGCCGGCGCCGGGGAGGCCGAAGAGUUGCACUACCCACGGGGAGAACACCGCGCCGACUACGACCGCGAGGCGCUGCUGGGCAGCCAGGAAGAAGUCGAUGAAUAUGUUAAACUCACCCCCGAAGAGCAACACAAAAGACUGAAGUCAAUCAUAAAGAAAAUUGACUUGGACUCAGAUGGCUUUCUCACCGAAAGUGAACUCAGUUCAUGGAUUCAAAUGUCUUUUAAACAUUAUGCUAUGCAAGAAGCAAAACAACAGUUUGUUGAAUAUGAUAAAAACAGUGAUGGUAGUGUGUCGUGGGAUGAAUACAAUAUUCAGAUGUAUGAUCGCGUAAUCGACUUUGAUGAGAACACUGCUCUGGAUGAUACAGAAGAGGAGUCUUUUAGGCAGCUUCAUUUAAAAGACAAGAAGAGAUUUGAAAAAGCUAACCAGGAUUCAGGUCCUGGUUUGAAUCUUGAAGAAUUUAUUGCUUUUGAGCAUCCUGAAGAAGUUGAUUACAUGACGGAAUUUGUCAUUCAAGAGGCUUUAGAAGAACAUGACAAAAAUGGUGAUGGAUUUGUUAGUUUGGAAGAAUUUCUUGGUGACUACAGGCGGGACCCAACAGCAAAUGAAGAUCCAGAGUGGAUACUCGUUGAGAAAGAUAGAUUCCUGAAUGAUUAUGACAAAGAUGCUGACGGCAGGCUUGAUCCCCAAGAGCUGUUGUCUUGGGUAGUACCCAACAAUCAAGGCAUUGCACAAGAAGAGGCUCUUCAUCUAAUUGAUGAAGUGGAUUUGAAUAGUGACAGAAAGCUGUCUGAAGCAGAGAUUCUGGAGAACCAGGACUUGUUUCUUACCAGCGAAGCCACAGAUUAUGGCAGACAGCUUCAGGAUGAAUAUUUCUAUCACGAUGAGCUUUAAUCCCUGGGUAUAUCUGAGUAGAGUACUGGCUCCUUUUAUAGUUUGUUACCAGCUUUACUUUUGUGAUAAAAUGUUGAUGUUAUAUUUUACAUUCUUACAUCUUACCACAGUCAAGAUUAAUGUACAUUAAAAUUUUGGCCUUUUAGAAGAAACGUAAAACAAAAACCUGAUAUUUAUUUCAAAACAUAUUGAAGAAAUGAAACAAUAUUGUGCCAUAUGACAACAUAGUCUUUCCUAAAUAUUCCAUUUGUUUAGUACUGUAUUAUGGAAUAUUUGAGUUCUGUUUCCAUACUUGAAAAAAUGGAGGAUUCUAGAGAUGGCUGAACAAUAUUAUUUAAGUAGUAUAUGACUGAGCUAGCAAUUUUUAUUUUAAGUAGAUUUAAUUUGGGAACUGACAGAAGGACAUUGUGUUUAGUUUUAGCAUUUUUGUUUUAAAACCUUUAAAGGAACCUUAGAAGGACUUAUGCCUCACAUGUUAAUGUUGAGAAGUUCUGCUUAAUUUUAAAAUGGUUUCUAUAAAAGGUUUUAUUGUAUGAAAUAGAACUUUAUAUUUUUGCAUAUGUAUAGAUAGUAAUUAUAUUUAAUGUGUAACUAUAGCAUUAUGGUGAGUGGAAUUUGACAUUGUCCAGAACUCUUUUCUUUUUUUUGACUGAUUAAAAAUGAAAUGUCCUAUCUUUUUA